AUGUCUCUCAACAAUCUUACUCUCAGCUUUCACGACAGAGUUGAGCAGCGUAAUAUCCCAUCUGACCUUGAUGAAGCAAUUGAGAUUGAGCUUCACCGGGCUGCACCACUCCUCUGCCCCCCUAGCCAUUCUGGUCGAUCUGUGUCAGGUGAUAUCGGCGCUGCCUUGGCGGAAGAGUUCAAGCGGCUGAGUUUCCGCCUUUGUAACAUCUGCAUGCUCCCUGACCUUUUUCGUUUCUUCUUCCCUCCAUUGUUUUCUGACCUUAAGAAAGUGGCUGUUGAUAGUUCAGUCAUCAUUGUCAAUGCUAGUAAAUACAGCUGUGACGCCUUGAGCAACCAGGAUCCUAUCCACAUUCCGCUUGGUAUCAUGCGGACCGAAGUCUCUGAGUUGUCCGACGACUUUCAGUUCCUCGCAGAUAAAUUUGGUCCUUCUGAUUAUCAACACAAGCUUGCCAGCAUCCUCCGCAAGCUUAUCAUCGCGUUGUUGACCCUGCGGGUCCAAGCUUUUAGGGAAUCCAAACGGACCCUACGGGAAGAGAUGCAACAUUACUUGUCCCGCAUUGACUUCUCCUCAUGGCGUCCCCGCAACAUUUCGUUGCGACUGGUCAAGCAAAUCCAGACAAAGAAGGAACUCCGUUCUGUCGCUUCCGAGCUUGCCUUUGUCGCCCAGCGUAUCGCACCCGUCGUGUCGUCCUUCGCGUCGCUCGAGGACAGCGACGCAACGGUCGAGGGUGCACUUGAUGCACUAAACCAUAACCAGUGGCUUCACCUGGCCUACUACGGAAUGCCGAAUCGAUAA